GGAUGUGUAUGCGGCCCCCAGAGGGACCUGCUAAUCCUUCGUCAUUUUCAUUGAUUUGCAAGGGGUUGAUAAAUGACGAAAUGCAGCGCAAAAAUAUUACCAUGGAAAACCGAAUGAAUUCAGCUAAUACGGAAGCCAAAAUCCCGAUUACUACUGAAGAUAUCAUUAUGGAGGACCUAAUCGACAUUUUUGAUGAAUGGUGA